AUGGAAACAUAGUACAAUCCUUAUCGAGUGGUUGAUGGUGAUGGCCGCAAAGCAAAACUAACUAUUCACUUGUUAUGCUUCGAGUCCGUCAUGCCUCGGAUCCUGAUUAAUACUGGUUUUUCAGCACAGCGGACUAGCCUGUAUGUAAGUUUACGUCUUAAUGAAACUCCAGUGUUUUUAAAAUAUGAACGUGCAGCACCAACCUCACUCUCUUCGUCAUUUCGAAAUGCUGCAUACAUCCGCAAUGUCCGUUCAGUUCUUCAUGUCCUACUUAAUUCGAUAAAAUUUAUAUGA